AUGAAGAACCGAGGCAGGCUUCCUCGGGCCACGCUAGAACAGAAGAUAAAGAUACUCGACUACUUCCACUCGUCCGACCGGCCCCAGCUGGAUACCGUGGAAAAGUUCAAGGAUAUGGUUGCCAUUUCCACACUGACGUUUAACGAGUGGGUCAAGAGAGAAGACGAGUACCGAGAACGGUACAAGCUGCUGGAAAGCAGUUUUGAGAAAAACCUGAAACGGAAGUCGAGCUAUAAGUACGAUAAGAUCAACCGGGCCAUGGAUCUUUUGGUGCAGCAGCGGAUGGAGCAGAACGAGGCUAUUACUGAGCCUUUGCUUAGAGACUACUGGCAAGUGUAUGCCCACCAGUUUGGAGUGGAUAAUCCUAAACGGCUUGUAUCGUUUAGUCACGGGUGGUUGAGCCAGUUUAAGAAGAGACACGGGCUUCUACGAAAGAAGGGCCUGAAGAAUGCUGAUUUGACGAGGGUUACGAAUGAACGGUUACUAGUUGAACCUCUGGCCACGUCGGACGCGUCAGAAGGGUUUUCUGAUAACGAGCUGGCGUCUACAGAUCUGGAAAACGAGUUGCCAGAACAGGAGAAGCAUCUUUCGAGGAGACAGCAGCAUAAGAAGAGCUCUCAGUUUAGACCUCAAGAUACGCUUAGUUUCCAGACCCAGUACUCAUAUACGGAGAGAAAGCUGCCGCAGAGGAAAAACGAUGCUUCCAAUUCCCUAGCCACGGCAAUGAGCCUACCGAUGGGUCCAAAUAAGGUGGCCACGGCUGCUGAUAUCGAGAAGUUCUUGUUUAAUACGGUGAAGAUGUACCAUGAGUUUAAAUCGUCUUUUCUUAGCGAACGGCUAAUUGAUCUUCGUUCUUCUGGAAAAGAAGACGCUGUGGCUGCCUCAGACGGUUCUUCCCAGAAUGAGAAGCUUCUUCUGGACCAUAAGCUUCUAUCGAGCACACAGCAGUUUGCCCAUAAACCACGCCAGAAAAGAAGACGUUUGGAGCCCCAGGUUCCUCAAGUCCCUCUGCAAUUGGGCCAGCAGCUUCCUCAGCCUAAUAUCUUCAGCCAACAGAGCUCCAGCAGACUGGGUAACAGCGAGAUUCUAGAUAACAUGUUCAUGAGAAGACAAGGCGGCGAUGACUUUGCUCGGUACCAGAACCAUCAAAGUCAGCCUCAGCAGCUAGAAUCUCACCAGAACAACCAAUCUCAUAAGGGUAACCAGGAUGGUCUGAGCGAAGAGAUCUGGAAUAACCAGCGAAAGAUGUGGGAAAGGAACAAGAUUAUGCUUUAA